AUAGAUCUAGACAAGGAAGAUUAAUCUUUUUUAUUUGUAACAUAGUCAACAAUAUCUGCCUCUGGUUCUGGUUCAUUUAGAUUCUAGAUUAGCUGAUAGAUACGAAAACAAAAAAUAACUAGAGAUCUAGAUCUAAACUCGAACCCUAAAGUCUUUUAUCUUUAUAUCUAGAUAAGUAGAAUCUAGAUAUUCUUAUUUAAUUUACUAAUCAAGUCUCUGUAGACUUCUUCUUAGAGUAGACGUCCUAGCCUAAGACGUACGUUCUACUCAGUCUUAAAGUCUACUGACUUAUGAAGUGAAGACUUAUCAUCUUUCUUAUGAUUAUCUGUGAUUAUGUGACUACAUAAUCUGAGUACAUACUGUAACAUACCGUGAGAAGUAGUUCACAAGUACUAAUAACUAAUAUAAUACUACUACUACUAGUAAUACUAUUACUAGUCAUGUACUAGAUUCUAGAUCUAGACUUCCUAACUGAACUCUAGACUACUCUAUUCUCUAACUCUAGAGACAAAGUCAGUAUUCAACGUUCGCUUCAAGUAGGCCUACUAGGAGUGUAGACUCACUUAAGACUGUACUGUUACUGUAAUUCACUGAGUGUGAGAGUCAUUCACACAGUAAUCACAUGAGACACCCACUCUGCAGUAUUUCAUUGCAGUGUAAUUUGGCAAUCAACAGUCACCACUGACAAACGAGUUUAUUACAAUAAAGAAAUGGCUUCAUGUAAAGUGUGCUGGACUUGUAGGGGGCUUUUUCUUAAUGAUGUUUCAGAAACAGAAAUUUCAGCUCAUAUAAAAACCUGUAGACCAGCAAAAAAUAACUUAUUAGAAACUUCAGAACCUAUUGAAUAUUUUGUUUGUGACAAAUCUGACUUUUAUACUCUCGGUGCUAUAAAAGAUACUUUGAGAAAACACGCCAGGAAGAUCUUUUCUAACCUUCAUAUUCAAAAAGUGCUACCACAUCCUUUGAUUAAGACACUUUUGAGUCUGUGUGUAUCAGAUAGACCAAUAAAACAUGGUAAAGUUAUUACAGAGAGGCCAGCUGCUAAUAAAAAUGCUCAUCAUCCAAAGUACAUUGAUGUUCAAAUUAACGGAAAAGUGGACAAAGAGUGUCAAACCACAAUUCACACCCAUGAUACUCCAAAUUUGUUGAAUUCAUCGUUGAGACAACCAGAUUUGCACCAUGAAUCUGUAGUUAAUGAUAAAUUAGAUAACUUGGGCACUGUUCAAAGUAAUUCUGUUCGAAAUACAUUAACUUCUCCCUGUGCCGACAAGCUUUCCUAUGUUGUUAUGACUGGAAAUAAUUCACAAGAUGGACUGAUCAAACUAGCAAUACAAUGUGAUGUGGUGAAAGAGGAUUUGCUGUCUCUUUAUGUCUGCAAGCUCUGCACACACAAAUCCAAGUCUGACCAGCUGAUGCUGAGACAUUUGAAGUCUCAUAAUGAUGGCCAGAUGUUUGUGUGUUCUGAAUGUAAUUACAGUACGAUCUGGCGCAAAGACUGGAAAAUUCAUUCACAGCAUCAUCAGAAUAAAAAAUUGAAGUGUCCUGUUUGUGUUGCAGAAUUCACAGAGAAAGAUGAUUUCAGUUUGCAUUUAACAACUUGUCAUUCAAUGUCAGAAACACAAAAAUACAAAUGUAUUGAGUGCAAUUACCAGGCUAAAUCAUUAACAUCUUUUAAAGAACACAGAAGAAAACAUACAGGUGAAGUUUUCAAAUGCCCCCACCAAGGCUGCACUUUUCAGUCCAUGUAUGGAAGGUCUUUACAAAAGCACUUGAAGCAAAAACAUUCUUUGGAGAAAACUAAAACAUGCCACGUCUGUGGCUUUCAAACCAAACAUGCUUCUUCGCUGUCCAAGCAUAUGAUGCUUCACAGUGAAUUCAAGCCGUACAAAUGCUCCCAAUGUACUUUCACUGGUCUUUACCCCUCGGAAGUUAUUUUGCAUGCCAAAAGAAAACACUUGAAGCAGAAAAUGUUUUCCUGUCCUACAUGCUCAUUUCAGACGAGUUAUCCGUGGGCAAUUCAAAAGCACAUUACUUUGCAUGAUGGGAAAAAGGGCUAUGUCUGUUCAGUGUGUGGCGAUGGUAUGUACACUUUGCAGAAAGCCAAGAAGCAUAUGAUGAACAGUCAUGGCUGUGAAAAUUAUGAAAUUUUGAGUGAGCCCUUGUUGAAGAAAGUGAAACCAAGUGAUUAUGAAAUAAAAUACAAACAGAAUGUUGACCUAGAUAGUAUGGAGUUGGUGGUUCCAAAUGAUACUAUUCUCAAUGAAUCAGCUAACAAGAAAAAGGAGAACGUUGAACUCAAUAAGUCAAAAGUUGAUGAACAAUUUUUGGACUCUGUGUCUCAAACUAUGAAUCAAGACACCGUUACUACCGACACCAACCAGUUUUCUGGUGGCGCUGCCUCGAGCAAGGGAGGUAAUCCAAUGCUGUGUGCAACAGCCAACAAUCUCAUGGAUGUGGAUAACAGUUUGACAGAGGACUCGUUGUUUGAUUUAAUGUCAGACUUCCCAAGGCCACCAACCCUCAACAGAUGUCAGUCAGCCAGCACCUUGAUGUUUGCCUCAUUUUCACCUCAUCUUAUCGACAGACCUUUGACUCCUGAUUUCUUUACCGACAGCCCAUCUGUAGGUUCAUUCUUUCCAACCUUUUCAUCGAAGCACAUCGAAACUGACACAUUAAAUCUUGGUAACUUUGAAAGCGCAUCCCAUCAGCUGUCCGUGCCACCUAGUACCAACAAUCAUUUAUCGUCAUUAAGGGGGCCCCAAACACUAUCCCCCAUGUUGCCUUCCUUUGCCAGUUCUCCUGGAACAGGAACCCUUGCAUCUAUGAGUGCUGGUAGAUUAAAUGCGUCUCCUGCUCAUGACCCCGCUUGCAUGGAUAUAAUGAUCCCAAAUGCUGUUCUAGCCAAUAUGUCCCAGCUGAAUGACCACAACUCUUCUGCUGGAAAGAAUGGGAAAAUGGAUGUGAUGUCAAAGUCUGCAUUUACUUCUCUUGGGGAGUCUUACUCUCCAGAGAUAGAGGCAGCAAUAGCUGGCAUACCAUUGUCAGAAGAGUGUCAGACCAACUCUUGCCUCAUAGAGGAAUCUCCUUUCCCUACUAACACAGUUUUAAAAAGUAACAUGUUUAAUUUAUAACAGUUUACUUUAGUAUUUGGGGGUGCAGUGGCUGAGUGGUUAAUCACUUGUCUUCCAAACUUGGGGUCCUGGAUUCAAAUCUCUGUGAAGACUGGGAUUUUCAAUUUAGGUACUUUAAAGGUGAUCCUGAGUCCACCCAACUCUAACCUGUUACCUGACUUGAGCAGGGGAAGUAAAGGUGUUAAGCAGUUGUGCUGGUCUCAUGACACCCUGCUCGUUAACCGGUGGUCAAAGAAAUAGAUGACCUCAACGUCAUCUGCCCUAGAGAUUGCAAGGUCUGAAGGGGGAAUUCUACUUUAGUAUUUAGGCUCAAAAUUAUUUUAGUUGCUGUUACAAACCUUACCAAAGAGAUGGUUAACAUAUUUCUUUCACCAUACGAAACAAUUUUUUUUAACCUUCGAAUUGGAUGAGAACAAACUUUGCUUAAAGCAAACGUACUUAAUUCUUAGGCAGAUCAAGAUUAUGAGUUGCCAGCGUCUUUCAUUCUGUUCAGCUAGUCUUCUGUCGAUUAAUUAUCCACUCCAUAAAAUGUAUUGAUGUCGCAUUACUGUUUUCGAGCAAAAAAAGAAGUGCUUUCUUCUACAUAGAUUUAAAUGUCAAAAUAGAAAAACGCUAGUAUAUAUACUAUUUCUUUUCAACUGGAGCUUGUAAAAUUGGUUAAGAAGUGAUGUUUAUGUGGUUUGUUCUGUAAUGUUUAAGCGUCAGGCUCUAUGGAGCUUUUUUUUAAGUGCCAGGCUCUAUGGAGCUAUGUCUUAGCAUCAUACCAGUGCUCUAUGGAGCUUGAAGUAUUAUUUAUGUAUUUGUUUUAGCUUUGUUUAAGUGUUGUGCACUGUAGAAAUACAGAGUGUACAUUGCUGAAGUAUUAUUUUGUAAUAUUUUGUUUAAUUGGGCAAUGUGGAGGGCCAAGUGGUAAAGCACUUAGCAUCCAAACCAUUAGGUAUUGGGUUUGAAUCUUUAUACAAAUUUGAACUUUGGGAUUUUAGGAUGCCUCUGAGUUCACCCAAAUCUAAUAGAUACUUGACAUGUGUUGGGGAAAGUAUAGGUUGUUGGUUGUGCUGGUCACAUGACACCCUCAUUAACCAUAGAAACAGAUUACCUUUACAUUAUCUGCUCAGUAGAUUGCAAGGUAUGAAAGUGGCACUUAUUUUGUUUAAAAUUGAUUUGAUUUUUGAUUUGAGGCACAUCGGCACAAUUUAGGCCAUGUCGUGCGUUUAAAAUUGUAUCCCAUCUCAUAGUGUAGUAAUUAGUAUGUAAACAAAUUGGCUAUCACCCUUUUUUAGUUUUUAAAACUAAAUUGAAAGAAAAAAAAAAAAGUGUUUACCUGUGUGUAAGUUUAUAUUGGAUAUUGAGAUUGUUAAAACAGUUUAAAAUAAACAAUAAAUUGUUGAUCCCCUCCCCUCUCUUUUGGAUAUUGAGAUUGUUAAAACAGUUUAAAAUAAACAAUAACUUGUUGACACCAAAUAUUAUUUCUUAAUGGAGGUUUCGUGACCGGAGCUUCCAUUAAGGAAAAGUAGUUAAGAAUAUUCCAAGAAUAAAAUCAAGUAUUUCUGAAAACAGCAUGGUUAUGUACUUUAAAAAGAGUUACAUUCUCAAAAGCUUCCAAAGUCGUUCUAAUUAUAACCUUGGUUUGGCUGAUGUGCAACCCUGAAGUGUUAUUAAAAAAAACAACUAAUAUAUACCGGUACCAAUACAUAUCUAUGCAUCUUUUUUCAAUUCUAUUAUUAAUGGUCAUUUUUUCAGACGAUAAAAUAAUGAGGUUCCUGUUUCAUUAUUUAAAAAGACUAGUAAUUUUUAUAUUUGAGGAGCAUAUUAAUUUAUAUUAUCUUCUUUUUUUGCAACAAGACUAUAUGUUGUGUAUUUAUGUUCUUGUUGUGAGAUUCAAGACUAUAUGUUGUGUAUUUAUGUUCUUGUUGUGUGUUGUGAGAUUCAAGACUAUAUGUUGUGUAUUUAUGUACUUGUUGUGUGUUGUGAGCUGUUCUUAUGUGUCAAAAUGUCUUGGUGUCCAGGUCAGAUUGUGUGUGUGUGUAUGUGUGUACUGUGUUAUCCUGAACUGUUUUGUCAUUCUUGUUCAAUAAAGCCUAGGAUCAAGA